AUGUUGCGUCAAUGGUUUUUAAAACAUCGUGCCUACUCUCCACUCGGUCCCGCAAGUUUUGUUUUGUUUGCAGGAGUUGCAGCAGUUGCCACAUAUGUUGCCACUCGUUCACGUGAAUCGGUUGGUAUUAUAGUUGAAGCAACUGAGAUUGAGGGUACCAAUAAACCUAAAAUCGUGCCGUAUUUACAAUCCAAAGUGCCAUAUAUUGGGAACAUGAUUGCAUUGGCAAGUAAUGCUCAUCGUUUUCACGACUGGAUGGCCGAACAAUGUAUUGCCCAUAAUGGUAUGUUCAAGUUGCAUUUACCAGGUCAAAGUGACAUGCUUGUGACAGCUGUACCAGAACAUUAUGAACAUGUUGUGAAGACUCAAUUCGAGCACUUUCGCAAAGGAAAACACCAAUACGAAAUGUUUGUAGACCUGAUGGGUCAUAGUGUCCUUCUUAUUGAAGGCGAGCGCUGGAAAUAUCAUCGUCGAUUGCUAAUUCAACUUUUAAAUGCUCGUGCCAUUCGUGAACAUAUGAUGCCAGUAAUGCAACGACAUACACUCUUGUUGCAACAAGUUUUGACCAAGGCUGCCAAUAGUAAAAACUCGAUUGAUCUUUAUAUGCUCAUGCAUCGCUUUACGUUUAAAGCAUUUGCUGAAAUGGCGUUUAACAAUUCACUUGAUACACUUGAUUCGGAGCAUGAACAUCCAUUUGAACACGCAUUUGACGAAGCACAGUCAAUUGUUGCGGGUCGGUUGCAACAACCAGUUUGGCUUUGGAAACUCAAACGGUGGCUUAAUGUUGGUCAAGAACGCAAACUUCGUGACGAUGUUACACUUAUUGACGAAUUUAUCAUGACAAUCAUUUCGAAAGCAAUUGCUAUUCGUCAUCAACGGCAACAAAAGUGUCAAAAUGGUAAAGCGGUACCACAAAUUGAACAAGAUAUUGUGUCAAUUGUACUCGAGUGUAUGGAACAAGAUGGUGAUCUCGUGUCGCCUACAGACGUACGCAACAUUGCAGUGGCUGCUUUAGGUGCUGGUCGGGACACGUCUGCUGAUGCCAUGAGCUGGUUAAUCCAUACAUUAACGCAACAUCCGCAAGUGGAAAUGAAACUUCAAGCCGAGUUGCAUGCAAAGUUACCGCAACUUUUGUCAAGCCACACAUACGUACCAUCAAUAGAUGAGUUGCACGGUUUGACAUAUCUUGAUGCAACAAUUCGUGAAUUAUUGCGUCUUCAAACUCCUGUACCAUUUACAAUGCGUGAAUGUGUACACGAUACCAUUUUCUCGGAUGGUACAUUUAUACCAAAGGGAAUGACUGUCGGAAUGUGCCAUUAUGGAGCUGCUCGAUGGACCAAAGUGUGGGGACCUGAUGCAGCUCAAUUUCGACCUGAACGAUUUAUUGAUCCAACGACUGGAAAAUUGUUGCAUACACCAGUGGCCAAGUUUAAUGCAUUUAGUGGCGGUCAACGUGCAUGUGUUGGCAAAACUCUUGCAAUGUUAGAAAUGAAACUUGUAAUUGCAACACUUGUUGGUCGUUUCCACUUCAUAGAAAUUCCAGGUCAAAAUGUCAAAUAUGCCAUGGGAAUUACAAUUGGAAUGAAAAAUUCAUUGUACAUGAAUGUUGAGUCUUUGGUCAUCCCGGGUCAAGCUGCAUAA